AACUGUGUCAGUCCUUUAUAUAUAACAACAACAGACUUGGAGACAGUCAAUGACAUCAUCCAGAAGUUACUCCCUAUGAUAGGAAUGCCUAGUGCUCAAGGUUACCAACUGUGGUUCUGUCGUGGCUAUGAGAAAGCCCCAGGCCUACUCCAAGAGCAUGAGCAUCCCUAUGACAUUAUAAUGAGGAACAGCCUAAAUACCUUCAAUCGAAGGGAAUCAAGAAAUUUCACAGCUUUUCCUGCCCUGCCUGGGCUGUAUGUGGAACAACCAGAUAUACAGGGACAAUUCAUCCUAAAGCCCAGAGAAGCAGCAAGAAGUCAGAAGCAGAGCAAUACAGAGGAGCCAAGAGCUACGAAAAGACAGCCUUUCAUAUCUCGAUGGUUCCACAGGGGCUCUGUGCUUCACCAGGACCAAUUGUGCACAGCCCUGCCAGUUGCUAAGACAGGAAAACUCUUUGGAAAUGAUCUGACUGCCAUUUGUGAGGAUGGCAAUCUGCCCACAGCAAUUCUGGACAUCCUAUCCUUUAUUAGUGAAAAAGGGCCAAUCACUGAAGGCAUCUUCAGAACAUCAGGUGAUAUAAGGGCAUUCCGAGCCCUAAAAGAAAGACUGGAUUCUGGGACAGAAGUGAACUUGAACAACGAAAGUGUCCCUGUGGUGGCAUCUAUCUUAAAGGAAUUUCUUCAAAAUAUACCAGGCAGUGUGCUGACGUCUGGACUUUAUGAUGAAUGGCUUGGUGUCCCUGACCAAGAGUGUGAAGAGAAGAAAGUAGCUGCAGCACAGAGUCUUUUAGAGCAAAUACCCCAACCGAAUGUCUUUCUUUUGAAAACACUUUUCGGGAUAUUGUACAAAAUUGAGCAAAACUCUGAACUCAACCAUAUGACAUCAUCAAAUUUAGCUGUUUGCAUCGCUCUGAGUAUUCUAUGCCUGCCUGGUUCCAGCAACUCGGAACUGCCAGAUGUCUCCAGAAAGAUUUCUCUGGUCAGUUUCCUAACUGAGAAUUAUCCAAAAAUAUUUGGAGAAGGCAUUCCAGUUCAUCAUGAGAGUCCGUCGAUUUGCUCUGAUGGGGAGAACACUUACAAUGCCCUUGACACUCAAACUGACAAAACUGUGAUGGAAGAAAGUAAGCAUGAAGAAGACCCCCCGCCCCAGGGGCAGACGUGCCCCACAGGCAAUGAUGUACAGCUCAGAAGUCCAACUGCUCCUCUUCACAAUGAGGAAGUAGAGAGAUGCUUGUAUCAGCAGCACAUCUGUCUCUAUCCUUAAAUCUAAGACCUGGAGGUAAAACUGCACAUCACACAUCCAAAUCUCGAGUUCCAAGUCUGUCAAACAGCAAUGAAGACAGACACCCUCAAUCCAGAACCAGCAAGAACCAGAGCAGCCGGAAAUCAGAUAAUCCAACAUAAGGUCGUGUAUCACUUGUACAGCUGGAGUAGCAGUUGGGGCCACAUUCCUGUCAGCAGUCGUGGAUGCUCCAGAUGCUCGACCUCUUACCAUGUCAGCAGGCACAGUGCAACUUCAUCCGGGGGAUCCAGGGAUGGGCCCGGCCCACUUGCUCCUCUAGGCAUCCCUCAUCUCUCUGCUCUAUUUUCCCCCACUGAAUCUCCACCCUUUUUCUACCCAGCCGCAUUCCCAGACCCAUAGCC